UUGCCAUUAACGAUCCUUUCAUUGAUCUCGCCUACAUGGUCUACAUGUUCAAGUACGACUCCACCCAUGGCCGCUACAAAGGCAGCGUUGAGGCUAAGGAUGGCUUCUUGAUUGUUGAUGGUCACAAAAUCACCGUCUAUAACAGCAUGAAGCCUGAGGAGAUCAAGUGGGGUGAGGCUGAGGCCGAGUACGUCGUUGAAUCCACUGGUGUUUUCACCACUGUUGAUAAGGCCUCUCUUCAUUUGAAGGGUGGCGCCAAGAAGGUUGUCAUCUCGGCUCCUUCUGCUGAUGCUCCCAUGUUUGUCUGCGGAGUCAACUUGGAUGCCUACAAGCCCGAAUACACCGUCGUCUCCAACGCCUCCUGCACCACCAACUGCUUGGCCCCUCUUGCUAAGAUCAUUCACGACAACUUCGGUAUCACUGAGGCUUUGAUGACUACCGUGCAUGCCACUACAGCCACCCAGAAGACUGUCGAUGGUCCUUCCUCCAAGGACUGGCGCGGUGGACGUGGCGCCGGUGCCAACAUCAUUCCCUCUUCUACCGGUGCUGCCAAGGCUGUUGGCAAAGUCAUUCCUGAGCUCAAUGGCAAGUUGACUGGUAUGGCCUUCCGCGUCCCUACUCCCGAUGUUUCCGUUGUUGACUUGACUGCCCGCUUGUCCAAGCCUGCCUCUUAUAAUGAUAUUAAGGCUGCCAUCAAGAAGGCUGCUGAGGGCGAGAUGAAGGGCAUCAUGGCCUACACUGAGGAUGAAGUUGUCUCCACUGACUUUAUUGGCGACACUCACUCCUCCAUCUUUGAUGCCAAGGCCGGUAUUGCUUUGUCUGAUACCUUUGUCAAGCUCGUCUCCUGGUACGAUAACGAAGUUGGUUACUCUACUCGUGUUGUCGAGUUGAUCGAGUAUAUGUACUCCAAGGAUCACUAAAUCCCUAAUAGCCUGGUGGCGUCUGUAUGCUCGUUCGAUAUUGCAAAAAUGAGUUUGUUUUAAAAUAAGAUCAAUAAUACUUUUGUAAAUAAAAAAUGAAAUAAAAAACUCUUUUAAUCGACG